UACUAGAGUAGAUUGCUCAGCAGAAUAUGUUAGUAUAGAAACGAAAUUUGAAACUGAAAUAAAAAUAUUGAUUUUUCGUGAGAGUUGAAAUAUAAAUAAAUUUGUAUUCAAAAUAAAUUUGUGUCAAAAUAUAUAUUUUGAAUUGUACUUUGAAUUUAACGUUUCAUAAAAAAAAAAAUAUUGCUAAUGAUGAGAAAAACAUGUCAUAAUAGAAUAUAUACUAAAUUUUUUAGUCGGAAAAGUUUCUUUUGGCAGAGAAUCUAACUAGAAGAAUCUAAAAAUAACAACUUAGAUGUUCUUCAAUUUUAGGCGGAAAAUGUUUUUUGAACUGCCAGUAUAUUGACUAGUAAACCUAUUAUGCAAAUGCAUACAAAUCAAGACUAACAAAAAACAAUUUACGAUACAUAUGUACAUACUUAUGUAUAGUUCAGUUCAGUCGACAGUCACACUUCACAGUCAAUACAUAAUCUAAUUACGUAUGUACUUUCAUUAAUUGAAGAUCAAUGAACAUGCUUCGUAAAAAUAUAUUAAUUUCGAUUAGAGAAUCCUCAAAACUUGCUAUAAGUUUAGAUGGAGAAUUUCUACAAAAACUAGAAAAAGGGGAAUUCAAGCCUAAAAGACAUCCAGGAAUUCAAAAACGUGGAGAAACUCUUGUUCCGAAAUGGAUUGAAAGUAGUUUAUUGAAAUGUAUAGGGGAUAGGUCUUUGAAGAAAUUAAUAGAUGAUGGUAAAAAGCUUAAUCGUCAUAUUGUUGCAAGACAUCCUCCACCUGAGAAAAGUUUUAUACGAAACAAAUUAAGUAAAAUAGAACAAAAUCUUGAAAAAUUUUCAACAACCAACACUAUCCAAAAUAAGGAUAAUGAAGAAAGAAAUCAGUAUAAUAAUGAAAGGACAAACAAAAUUAAGCAAAUAUUAAAAAAACAGAUAUUUGCUUGGAAACCAAUUAAUUAUGGGGAAUACGAAUCUCUUGUUUAUGCUGUGGGAAGAAGUGCGUUGGAAUUUACUAUUCUUGCAGCAGUAUUUACUGAAAUAAAAAAUGGUGAUCACACUUUCAAACCAAGAAGUUUUUUUGAUUUUGGAUCUGGUGUUGGUACUGGGAUGUGGGUUGCUUCAAAUUUAUGGAAUAACACUCUACUCGAGUACUAUAAUGUCGAUUCGUCUAGAAAUAUGAACGAUUUAGCUGAAUCAAUUCUGAGAGAAGGAAACAGUCAACAAAUUAAAUUGAAUAAAGUUUUUUUUCGUCAAUUUUUACCAGCAAAAACUACACAGUAUGAUCUAGUGCUAUCGUCGUUUGCAUUAUUUGAAUUAAAUUCUAAAAAAAGCCGUGCCGAAGUAAUCUUGAAUUUAUGGAAAAGGUGUGCAAAUUACUUAAUAUUUAUAGAAGAAGGAACUCGAAAAGGUUUUGAAUUAAUAGCAGAGGCACGUGAUCUUAUACUAUCUGCGAGAUUUUCGGAUCCAUUGCUAGAAGGCUAUGUGUUCGCACCGUGCCCUCAUCAACACGAAUGCCCAAGGUUGACGAAUAAUGAAGAUAAAACACCAUGUAAUUAUGAAAUUAAAUACGAACCUUUUUCAUUGCUAGGCAAAUCUGGCAAAAAAUUAACUCAUUUAUAUAGUUAUGUAGUAAUAAAAAAGGGUCCAAUGUCUAAAUUACCUGAUUAUUCUAACUGGCAAAGAAUUGUAAGGCCCACAUUAGUAAAAACAAGGCAUACAAUUUGUAGAAUGUGUACAUCACAUGGUACUUUACAAGAAGUGAUUUUCACACCAUCGAAGCAUGGCAAAUUAACGUAUCAAUGUGGUAGAUCAAGCUGUUGGGGAGAUAAACUUCCACUUAAAAUACAAACAUCAAAAUAAAAAUUUGUCUAAAAAAGUAAAAUAAUUAUUUAAAUAAAUUAAAAUUUGAAAUAAAAUGAAAAGCUUGUUUAAAAAAA